AUGGUGUCCUCCGUUGUCUCUUUGGGGCCAUUAGUGGCGGAGCUGUACGACGUGCAGGCUUUCAAGUUUGGGAAUUUCAAGCUGAAAAGCGGACUCUCCUCCCCCGUCUACAUCGAUCUGCGGGGCAUCGUUUCUCGGCCACGCCUUCUGAGUCAGAUUGCAGAGAUUUUAUUUCAAACUGCCCAAAAUGCUGAGAUCAGUUUUGACACUGUGUGUGGAGUGCCUUACACAGCUUUGCCAAUGGCUACAGUUAUCUGUUCAACUAACCAAAUUCCAAUGCUUAUUAGAAGGAAAGAAACAAAAGAUUAUGGUACCAAGCGUCUUGUAGAAGGAGCUGUUAAUCCAGGAGAAACCUGUUUGAUCAUUGAAGAUGUCGUUACCAGUGGAUCUAGCGUUUUGGAAACUGUUGAAGCUCUACAGAAGGAGGGCUUGAAGGUCACAGAUGCCAUAGUGCUUCUGGACAGAGAGCAGGGAGGCAGGGAGAUGCUGGAGGCGCAUGGGAUCCGGCUCCACGCCACGUGCACAUUGUCCACAAUGCUGGAGAUUCUCGAGCAGCAGAAAAAAAUUGAUGCCGAGAUGGUCAGCCGAGUGAAGAGUUUUAUUCAGGAGAAUGUUUUUGAGCCUGCUAAUCUCAAUGGUUCUCUCCCUUCUGUCAAGGAACCCAAAGAGCUCAGCUUUGGUGCUCGUGCCGAGCUGCCCAGAGUCCACCCAGUUGCCUCAAAGCUGCUCAAGCUUAUGCAGAAGAAGGAGACCAAUCUGUGUCUUUCUGCUGAUGUCUCCGAGGCCGGAGAGUUGUUGAAGCUAGCAAAUAUUUUAGGGCCCAGCAUCUGUAUGCUCAAGACUCACGUAGAUAUUCUGAAUGAUUUUACUCUGGAUGUAAUGAAGGAGUUGACAGCUCUGGCCAAACGCCAUGAGUUCUUAAUAUUUGAAGAUCGGAAAUUUGCCGAUAUUGGAAACACAGUGAAAAAGCAAUAUGAAGGUGGUGUCUUUAAGAUAGCUUCCUGGGCAGACCUAGUCAAUGCUCACGUGGUGCCGGGACCAGGAGUUGUUAAAGGCCUGAGAGAAGUGGGCCUGCCUCUGCAUCGGGCGUGCCUGCUAGUUGCAGAAAUGAGCUCGGCUGGCUCCUUAGCCACUGGGAAGUACACUGAAGCAGCAAUUAACAUGGCUGAGGAGCAUUCGGAAUUCGUGGUGGGUUUUAUUUCUGGCUCUCGACUAAGCAUGAAACCAGAAUUUCUUCACCUAACUCCAGGCGUUCAGUUAGAAGCAGGAGGAGACCGUCUUGGCCAGCAGUACAACAGCCCCCAAGAAGUUAUCGGCAAGCGAGGUUCUGAUAUCAUCAUUGUUGGUCGAGGCAUUUUGACAGCGGCUAAUCGUCUGGAAGCAGCCGAGAUGUACAGAAAAGCUGCUUGGGAAGCUUAUUUGAAUAGACUUGGUGUGGGAGAGCCUUAGGUGCAUUGUUGAGAAUGCCUUGAAGAUACUAGGAUACUCUGAAAAUCCAUUGGCUUGAAAUUAGCAGCCUUUAAUACUGAUUACAUUCCGUGUUCAGGGCUUUUGU